CGUGGUAAAAUGGUUGGACAUUCCAAUUUCCUAGCCCUCCACAUUGUGGCUUUGGUUGCCGGAGCCCAUGCGGCUAACAUUCUGGGUUUAUUUGCCAGCCUGAGUCCUUCGCAUUUAGUAAUUCAGAUGUCGAUGGCCCGCAUUCUGGCAGAGAGAGGACACAACGUCACUGUUGUGACUGUCUUAAAACCUCCGUUGCUACACAAGGAUAUUACACAUAUCCUUGUGCCACUAGAAGAGCAUGACCUUCAAGCCUUCAGUUCUGUUGUUGCCGGCUUAACUAAAACGGACAACAGCAACGCCUACACAUCUAUGUUUCGAACGGUGCGACAAAUGAGCGAGGCGUUCUCCAAAAUGGGAAGCGUAAUGAAGCAUGAUGUGGUCAGAAAUCUCUAUGAGCACUCGGACAACCGGUUCGAUCUGGUCAUCGUGGGCUACUUCAUGAACAGUUUCCAACUAGCCUUAGCCCAUAAACUAAAGGUUCCUCUAGUGGUUGCCCUCUCAAACCCACCUUCGUUCUUGGGCGACAUUCUGGGAAACCCCUAUGAAGUCUCAUACGUGCCAGCAAUGCAUUUGACUACCGAACAUGGCAAUCCCAUGAGCUUUGGAAAGCGCCUGAUCAACCUUUUGGGAAGCUUGGGACAGCGGUUGUUCAUGUUUGUUAUUGAGUAUCGAAAUGCAAGGACGUACAGGGACAUCUAUGGAGACGAUCCUACUCUGCCCAGCUACGGGGACUUGAACAAAAACAUUUCACUAGUCUUUUUCGCAUCUCACGGCAUAAGCGAGGGACCUAUUAGGCCCAACGUGCCGGCUGUAAUCGAGGUCGGAGGAAUACAAGUCAAGGAUGAACCAGAUACUCUUCCCCAAAAUAUGGAAGAAUUCCUAAAAGAUGCUCCACACGGAGCUAUACUUCUCAGCUUAGGAUCAAAUCUUAAAAAAGAUCACCUUAAGUCCGACACGGUGCAGAAAAUGUUUAAUGUCGUCUCAAAGCUGAAGCAAAAGGUGAUAUGGAAGUGGGAUGACCUGGAAAACACACCGGGAAAGUCGGAAAACACACUCUACUCAAAGUGGGUGCCCCAGGACGACAUCCUAGCACAUCCGAACAUCACGCUGUUCAUUACCCACGCGGGAAAGGGAGGGGUAACCGAGGCGCAGUACCACGGUAAGCCCAUGCUGGCCUUACCCGUUUUCGGAGACCAGCCCUCUAAUGCCGAUAUUAUGGUAAAACAGGGUUUCGGUUUGAAGCAAAGUCUCCUCACCCUGGAAGAAGACAGCUUCCUUCGAGGCAUUCAGGAGGUACUAAAGAAUCCGAAGUAUUCCGAAGCAGUAAAGUCGUUCUCCACUCUCUAUCGUGAUCGUCCGAUAAGUGCACGACAGACGCUUAUCUACUGGAUGGAAUAUGUGAUCCGCUACCGUGGAGCCCCGCACCUUCAGAGUCCCCUGGUGCACAUGAACUACAUAGAAGCCAAUAACCUUGAUGUUUACGCCUUAGUUCUGGGAGUUACUGCUGCCAUCUGCUCCAUCAUUCACUUCGUGUUUCGUUUAAUUUUUAAAAGACUUAAUGCUCUUUAA